UGUUUUGUGGACCUACUUGGCUUUCUCAACAUCUGUAUAACAACGUUGCACGCGAUUAAGGACGCUUACGACUUACGUGACUACGAAGAAGCAAACCAGAAACUUCUCACAAAGUGGCGAACCGGCGAUGCGUGGCACAGAAUGAAGGAACAAGUAAUUAAUAACCUGGACGCCUGGAAGUUGGACUUCAACGCCAAGGUUCCCGACAAAGACCCAUUACUCGUUGAGAAUUCGCUUAAGGAAUUGAAGGAAAGGCUUUCAGAUGGCAUCCCAGGAUGGGAACACAUUCUAGAUGAUAAGCACCUGUUGAAGUUUUUGCGGUAUAAGGAUUUGAAUGUCCCCGCAACGUUUAAGAUGUUUGACUUGAUUCACAAGCGUAGAAUGGCCGAACCUACACGCUAUUUUCCAGAAGGGAAGGGCCCGCUUCACUAUAAACACGUAUAUGAGCUUCGAUGCGCCGAAGUUCUCCACCAUCGGAACCCACGUGAUGGCACAGCUGUAGUAAUUAUUCGCGUUGGGGACUGGAAGCCGGAAACAGGAGUGGAUUACUUUACCUCGCAGAACGCGGGCAUCUUUCUGGUCGAAUACGUUCUUGAUGAUGAACGUGUUCAGCGCGAUGGUGUAACGUUGAUAAUCGAUUUUAAAGGAUUCCGUUUUUCGUGGGUUAUGCAGUUCUUCCCGCCAUCAUACUUGCCGACGAUCAUAACGACUCUGCAGGAUACAGCUCCGAUACGUUUUAUCGGCAUUCAUAUUUUGAAUCAGCCGGUGAUGUACAAAAUACUUUACGGCAUGGCCUAUCCUUUUAUCAGCAAAGAGGACCUCCUAAAUUUAAAAAUCAGCAAAAAAUUCACUUCCAUGGGACCAACAUCGUCGCUUUGCAAAAAUACGUUGACCGUUCGAUCCUCCCGAAGGACCUUCUUGGACCGCAAGAGCCUGACUAUAUGUGGUUACCCGAAAUGGUUUACAAGAACCACGAUUUUUUUGUCGCCAGAAGUUAUUUGCCGAAAGGCAAGAAAACCGACGGUAAGGAGAAGAGCAUACUUCACUAAAAAACGGACUUCCAGUUCGUUCAAGAUAUUGUGCUAUGCUCAGUAGUCAAUAGAAUUAGGUGAAUCCUCUUUUCCAAAAUGUACAUACGUUCCAAUCGGCUAAACUUCCCAGCAGCAGGUAUCUAACAUGAUGUAUAAUGAAUAAAAGUAGUUUACGAAAUACCAGUUGUCACAAGUAUAUGUAUAUACUGGGACUAUUUCAUGUUUGGUUUUUAUAACAUAUAGAGUGAGGAUGGUUACAUUAUUCUCUCGUUUGAGAGACUCUAAAUAUUCUAAAUUCAUUCUUGAGGAGUCUUGAGUCCCAAAGUUCUGUUCAGUAUUGAUGUGGCUGCAAUCUGUUAGGUAAUCAAAUUUUACACACGAACAAAAAUGGCUUUGUUACUAAAUGAAUAUACUAAAAUAUAUUUAUACAAAUAUAUAUACUGUCAGAUCUUAUUGUAUAGCUGGGGAGAGCCAAGUACCAUGUUGAGCUUAUGAUUUCCGCUCGAAGAAAAUUAUGAAUGCUGUGUAUUUUGUUAAUGGCAAUAAUAAUAAACUUAUGUGAGUAGAGUCCGUGUAAAACGCAGUGUUCUUCUAGUGGCGGGACUUCUCUGACACGGCUUUAAGUGAGAAAAGUAGCGAAUUAAUGUCCACCAUCUACAUUGUAUAUAUAUAUAGACUCGAAGUGAUUUAAUAUGUAAAAAAAAAGAGAUAAUUUAGCCAC